ACAGUCCAAGCCCAUUCCAGAUCUAGUUGGAUAACACACGGAACCUCUCCACUCAUACCAGUCGCAAAGAAACUCCGGCCGAAACUGCAGGUUUCAGCCAAAGAAACGCCGAUCUCUCUAGAAAACCCAUAAAAAAAGAAUUAAAGAGAAAAAAGAACGACAGCAACAACAAAGAAAUCAGAGCCAGAAAAAAGAAGAAGAAAGAAGCUGAAGAAGAAAAGAAAGCCAAAAAAGGCAUGGGCGUCGAUUACUACAAGAUUCUCCAAGUAGACCGAAACGCCAAAGACGAUGACCUCAAAAAAGCGUAUCGAAAGCUCGCUAUGAAGUGGCACCCCGAUAAAAACCCUAACAACAAAAAAGAAGCCGAAGCCAAAUUCAAACAAAUCUCCGAAGCCUACGAUGUUUUGAGUGAUCCGCAAAAGCGAGCAGUGUACGAUCAGUACGGAGAGGAAGGGUUGAAGGGGCAAGUGCCGCCGCCGGGUGCCGGUGGCUUCUCCGGCGGGCCGGAGGCCGGAGGACCGACGUCGUUUCGGUUUUCGACUCGUAGUCCUGACGAUAUUUUCUCUGAGUUUUUCGGGUUCUCGGGUUUCGGAGGCAUGGGCGAUUUCGGUCACGGAGCUUCGCGUGCGGGCGGGUCUGGGUUUCCGAGGGGUAUGUUUGGGGAUGAUAUAUUUGCUUCGUUUAGAGGUGGAGCCGGUGAGGGCUCUGUUGCGGCGCCGCGAAAAGGCGCCGCAAUAGAACGCACAUUGCCGUGUAGUUUGGAGGAUUUGUAUAAAGGAACUACAAAGAAGAUGAAGAUUUCUAGGGAUGUCACUGAUUCCAGUGGGAGACCGACUACAGUGGAGGAAAUUCUUACAAUUGAGAUCAAGCCAGGUUGGAAGAAGGGGACAAAGAUCACUUUUCCGGAGAAGGGAAAUGAACAGCGAGGUGUUAUACCCUCAGACCUAAUCUUUAUUAUUGAUGAGAAGCCUCAUAGUCUCUUUAAGAGGGAUGGCAAUGAUCUAAUUGUCACCCAGAAGAUAUCUCUUGUGGAAGCUUUGACAGGUUACACGGCACAGUUGACCACACUUGAUGGGCGGAAUCUGACAGUUCCUAUCAACUCCAUCAUCAGUCCCACCUAUGAAGAAGUUGUUAAGGGAGAAGGAAUGCCAAUCCCCAAAGAACCUUCCAAAAGAGGAAACUUGAGAAUCAAAUUCAAUAUCAAGUUCCCCACCAGGCUUACAUCAGAGCAGAAAACUGGCAUUAAGCGACUAUUAACUUCUUCAUAAACGCUGGUGGUAUCUCUCCCUACCAUCUUCCAAACUUGUUGCACAGGUUUUGCCAGACCACUCAUGGUUGUAAAAUGUUCACGAAACAAAAUUUAUGUACCCUCGCCUACUAUGGGCUUGAGUUGCCAUUGGUCACCCUUCCCCUUAGAUUUUUCCCCCCCUUGUGCUGUGCACCACCUAAUUCUGAAGAACAAAAAUGGUUGAAUUGCUAUAACAUGCCUACCAGUUUGUGAGAUGUAAGCUUUGCUAUGAUGCAAAUUUGGUGACUGGACAAAAUUCAACCUUAGAAUUAGUUCUUUUCUUAUCCAGUUAUUUCCAGGCAUUUGAAGGGUGCAUCUUUAACUUUUGGAGGACUUAAAAAGUGCCCUGUUCUUAAUAUCUGAAGUGAGUCAGAACCGUUUUCAGUAGAAAUUUAAAACUGCCACUGCUUGGUUUAUGUGGAAAGAAACCCAGCUAUGGUUGGUGUCUCCUGGGUAUAAUAGCUAGAGGAUGUUAAUUGAUUCUUUAGUGGUCAUUUGAAGUGAAUUGUGAAUUGCUUUAUACAUACUUUAUAAUUGGUGUAUUCAAUAUAUGUAUAGAUAGACACACACACACACACCUUAGUCGGAGAGCAUGAGGUCCUGUGGCACGUUCUUGAGAUUCUUUAUAUUUAGACUUUCACCUCAACAAAUAUUACAUUUA